CUCUACCUACCUCCAACAACCUUAACCCUACCCCACCCCAUCAACAUAUAAACCAUACUAUCCAAAAUCUCCACCAUGGCCACCCAUCCUCAUCUCCACUCUCCCCAAACCACCCAUCAUGCCGUCCUCCCCUCAACCAUUCGACUGCCCCAUCCCCGAGGCAAGCCCCGCCCUCCUUGCCCUCCCCGACGAAAUCCACGACAUCUUCCCCAACCGCCUAUUUCUCCCCGAAGCCAUCGCGCGCCUCUCCAAAACCAACCGUCGCCACUACAUCCACAUAACCACCACCCUGCGCCGCAAAACCUGGAUCGACGCCCUGCCCAGCGAUCCAACCCUCCCCUCCCAGAUCGGGAUGGAGCCCACGGGCAAAUGGAACCGCCCCUGCACUUUGUCCCACCACGACUCCCCCGAAAUCGUCACGGCCAUCGAAUCCGGCGACCUCAACCACGUCGAAUCCCUCCUCACCUCCAUCCCGAUCAACUCCCUGGACCCGAACUCCAACUGUCUCCUCCACCUCGCCCUCAUCUCCCACCAAAUCCCCAUCGCCCGUCUCCUCCUCUCCAAAGGCGCCUAUCCCGACGGCUACCACCCCUCCACCAUCCCCGAACUCGAUCAAUUAUUCCUCUCCCCCUCCAACACCGGCCCUCAAUGCCCCCACAUCCGUCAGGAAAUCCUCGAACUCCUCCUCAGCCAUGAAGCGUCCAUCUCCCGCUUCCCUACCCAGAACAUGAUCUACGGCACCAAAGCUCCCUCCCUCCUCCUCGAAUACCUUCUCGACCACCACCCCGAGACCAUCGACCUUCGCUCUGCCUCCGGCCACACCCUCCUCCACACCGCCGCCGCGCUAGGCGACCGCUGGUCCUGCCAAUUCCUCCUCGAAAAAGCACCCCAUCUCCUCACCAUGGACACGGACUGGGACGUGACCGUCUUGCAUAUGGCCAUUCUCGAGAAGAAUGAAUUCACCGCUUGUUGGCUGAUCUCGUGUGGUGUGCAUUUUCAUGCCCGCAGUGGGUUUAAUCGGACUGAGUUGUUUCUGGCCGCGACGUUGGGCUUGAGUGCCGUGGUUAGGGCUUUGUUGGCUUCGCAGGUCGCGGAGAGGGCGUAUCCGCCGGGGAAGUGGCUUGCCGAUGCGAAGGCCGCGGUUAGGAUGGCGAUGUUUUUGGGGAAUACUCAGAUUGCGACCAUGAUCAGGACGAGGUUUAAUUUAUCCUGGCGCGCAUGCCUAAAAGGCUACCUCACCUGGUCGAACCGCCCCGCGCCCGAGACGCCCAACCCCAGGAAGGGAAAAGGAAAAGGAAAAGGAAAGCAGCAACCCCGACGACGAAAGGGAGGGAAUUUCACUUCUGGGGUCCUUCCCCCGUCUGGUAGUGGUGCUGGGACUGGUAGGGGCAAGGGUAGAGGUAAAGGCAGGGGUAGGUAGGAGUCGAGGGAGAGGUAUUCGGGG